GCCGGCGCCGGCGUCGGGCGCCUCGCCCCGGCCCUCGGAGGUGUCCUUCACAAUGCCGCAUAUGCCAGAGGCUGGGAAGGAUGAGAAGGAGAGCCCCAGGAUGAGCAGGGAUACGACCCUCACGCCCAACACGGCCCUCGACAGCUUAGCAUCCAGCCAAGGCGACAGUCCGCGGCAGGUGCGCUUCCGCUCGACCAUCAUAGAGUGCGAGGUGACGCCCUACAGCGUGGUCUAUGACGGUGUUAAGCCCAUGUGCUUCGACUUCGACCGCUGGGGCCGUAAGAUCUACCACUUCUUCCCCAACGAGGAUGAUCCUGGCAUGGACGAGGUGUCCAGCAGCGACGACGACUAAAAGCGAGGACCAAAGCCAGGGAGAGCCCUUUUCGCUGAAAGCGCUGCCAAUGGCCAAGUGAGCCAGCUGAAUUGAGUUGCAUGUUGCUCCCUGAGGGAGCGCGCAAAGGGAGAGGCGCCAAGUAUGGGAGAACAUCAAUGGGGUCCAAGAA